GAGAAUGCAGACUCUGUCUCGCUGUGGUGCACCGAUAAGAAGUUGCAUUUCUACCAACACUAUUACAGAUCCACAUUCAGACAGAAAAUGGCUAAAGAAGCACAACUGACUGCAGACUCGUAUGCGAAGGCGCUCGCAGCUUUUGUCGGAAAUGGAAAAUCUCUGCUGGACCUCGCUGAGAAGGAAAGCAGGGAAGGCUCUUUCCAGGAAUUCAUCAGGCAGAAAAUCCGCAUAGAGCAAAAACAGUCACUGCUGGGUCUGAUUGACACUGGUGCAGCUUUGUAUAAAAGUCUGUCAGUGAGGAAGAAAAAGGAUAUGGAGGAUCUAUGCCGGAAAAACACUCACUGUGUUGCUCUGCAGGACGCUCUGCAGGACUUUCAACAGCUAGAAGUGCAGUGGGAUGCCUUUCUACAGCACUUGGAUGAUGAGUUACAGCUAAGUGCUAAAACCCUGGAUGGUCGGCUUCAGUCAAAGAGUAUUUCACCUGAUAUACCUCUCAUUGAUGCCAGAACAGGAGAGGCAGUGACAUUAAAGAAAUAUCUGGGAAAAGGUAAUAAGACUCUGCUCGUGUUAAUCCGACAGUUCUCUUGUCUGCUCUGCCGUCUCCAUCUCAAGGACUUGGAGGAGAAUAAGAGCUCCCUGGAUGCACACUCGGUGCAGGUGGUGGUUAUUUCGUUCGGCUGUCAGGAGGGAGCUUCACACUGGAUGCAGGAGACGGGCUGUCAGUUCGACAUGCUGUUGGACUCUGAUAGAAAGAUGUAUACCGCGUUUGGUCUGGGAGCGUCUCUGAAGAAAGUGUUAAACUUCACUAACAUGCUGCUUUAUGCCGAAUAUGUGGCGGACAACUUUGAGUUUCCAAGAGGACUCGCAUCGAUUGAAGAAGACAUGUUUCAGCUGGGGGGCGACUUUGUUUUGGACGAACAUGGGAGGGUGCUGUUCUCUCACUGCUGUCAGAGUCCAAUAGACCGGCCGUCAGUGGAGGAGAUUUUAUCUGCAUAGCGAAGAUUAAACUCCUUCUUCUUGCACAACACAGAUUAAUUGCAGAAAAUUAAACAGAAAUUGGCAGAGCUGUUAAUGAAUUUAUAUUGAAGCAUUUUGUUGGAUGAA